GGCUGUCAGUCGGCCCAGCGGCUGCAGCGAGAGAGGCUGCGUGUGGCGCGCGCGCGAGGGGAGGGGGGACGCUGAGGGAGGUCUCGCGACCAACGGUUUUCCCCUCCCUCCGCGGUGCUGCCUUUGUGACGGAGGAAGCCAGGCGAGUGAGGCCGCCGCCCGCUCGGACCGGCGACGCGCGACAUGCCGCCGGUGCAGAAGACCGUGUCGGAGCUGCGCUCCAGGGCCGAGGGCUAUGAGAAGACAGAUGAUGUGUCAGAGAAGACCUCACUAGCUGAUCAGGAGGAAGUGAGAACAAUAUUUAUCAAUCAACCACAGUUCUCUAAAUUUUGUAACAACCAUGUCAGCACUGCAAAAUACAACUUAAUCACAUUCCUGCCAAGAUUCCUCUAUUCCCAGUUCAGAAGAGCUGCUAAUGCAUUUUUUCUUUUCAUUGCAUUGCUUCAGCAAAUUCCAGAUGUUUCUCCAACAGGACGCUAUACAACCUUGGUUCCUCUCUUAUUUAUUUUAGUUGUUGCAGCUGUUAAGGAAAUAAUAGAAGACCUUAAAAGGCAUAAAGCUGAUAAUUCAGUGAACAAGAAGCAAACACAAGUAAUGAGAAAUGGAGCCUGGGAAAUUGUCCAUUGGGAAAAGGUGGCAGUAGGGGAAAUAGUGAGAGUGACCAAUGGGGAACAUCUCCCGGCUGAUCUCAUCUGUCUGUCGUCCAGUGAACCCCAAUCUAUGUGCUACAUUGAAACAUCAAACUUAGAUGGUGAAACUAAUCUAAAAAUUCGACAGGGUUUGCCAUUAACCUCAGAUAUAAAGGACACGGACAGCUUGGCAAAACUUUCAGGCAAAAUUGAAUGUGAAGGUCCUAACAGACAUCUCUAUGAUUUUGUUGGAAAUAUCAGACUGGAUGGGCAUAGUACUGCUCCAUUGGGACCUGAUCAGAUUCUUCUGCGAGGAGCUCAGCUAAGAAAUACCCAGUGGGUUCAUGGAAUAGUUGUCUAUACAGGACAUGAUACAAAACUCAUGCAGAAUUCAACAAGCCCACCUCUUAAACUAUCCAAUGUGGAAAGAAUUACAAAUAUCCAAAUUCUAUUUUUAUUCUGCAUUCUUAUUGCUAUAUCUUUGAUUUGUUCAAUUGGUUCAGCUGUAUGGAAUGCCAAACAUGAAGACGGAGACUGGUACAUCAGUUUAACUUAUGGAGGCGCUAAUAACUUUGGUCUGAAUUUCCUGACCUUUAUCAUUCUUUUCAAUAAUCUCAUUCCUAUCAGCUUGCUAGUUACACUAGAAGUGGUGAAAUUUAUCCAAGCAUAUUUCAUAAAUUGGGACAUUGAUAUGCAUUAUGAACCUACAGACACUGCCGCCAUGGCUCGUACAUCCAAUCUCAAUGAAGAACUUGGUCAGGUGAAAUACAUAUUUUCGGACAAGACUGGAACCCUAACCUGCAAUAUAAUGCAGUUUAAGAAGUGUACAAUUGCAGGAAUAGCUUAUGGCCAUUGUCCUGAAUCUGAGGAUUAUGGCUGUUCUUCAGAUGAUUGGCAGAGUUCACAAACCAAAGAUGAAAAACCAUUCAGUGAUUCAUCAUUGCUGGAAAACCUCCAAAGUAAACAUCCGACGGCACCUGUAAUUUGUGAGUUCUUAACAAUGAUGGCAGUGUGUCAUACAGCUGUUCCAGAAAGAGAAGGUGAUCAGAUCAUUUAUCAAGCAGCAUCUCCAGAUGAAGGAGCAUUGGUUAGAGCAGCAAAGCAUCUUAAUUUUGUUUUCACUGGAAGGACGCCAAACUCUGUAAUUAUAGAAUCUCUUGGACAGGAAGAAAAAUAUGAAUUGCUAAAUGUACUAGAAUUUACAAGUGCUAGGAAAAGAAUGUCUGUGAUUGUUCGCACACCGUCGGGAAAAUUAAGGCUUUACUGCAAAGGGGCUGACACUGUAAUAUAUGAUCGUCUGGCUGAAAAUUCAAGAUACAAGGAAAUUACUUUGAAACAUUUAGAGUUAUUUGCUACUGAAGGCUUGAGAACACUUUGUUUUGCUGUUGCUGAGAUUUCAGAAAGUAGCUACGAAGAAUGGCUGCAUGUCUAUCAAAGAGCUGCAACAUCUGUACAAAACAGAGCCCUGAAACUUGAAGAAAGUUAUGAACUAAUUGAAAAGAAUCUGCAGUUACUUGGAGCUACAGCCAUAGAAGAUAGGUUACAAGAUCAAGUGCCUGAAACAAUAGAAACUCUAAUGAAAGCGGAUAUCAAAAUUUGGAUCCUUACUGGAGAUAAGCAGGAGACUGCUAUUAACAUUGGGCAUUCUUGUAAACUCUUGAGAAAGAACAUGGGACUAAUUGUCAUAAAUGAAGGCUCUCUUGAUGCAACAAGAGAGACAUUAAGCCAUCAUUGCAACACUCUGGGUGAUGCUUUGAGGAAGGAAAAUGAUUUUGCACUUAUUAUUGAUGGUAAAACGUUGAAGUAUGCCUUGACGUUUGGUGUAAGGCAAUACUUCCUGGAUUUGGCUCUGUCGUGUAAAGCUGUUAUUUGCUGCAGGGUUUCACCUCUUCAGAAGUCUGAUGUUGUAGAAAUGGUUAAAAAACAGGUUAAAGUAGUAACACUGGCAAUUGGCGAUGGAGCAAAUGAUGUUAGUAUGAUACAGACUGCACAUGUUGGUAUCGGUAUUAGUGGAAAUGAAGGGCUACAAGCAGCUAACUCUUCAGAUUACUCAAUAGCACAGUUCAAGUACUUGAAGAACUUACUCUUGGUCCACGGUGCCUGGAAUUAUAGCAGAAUUGCUAAAUGCAUCUUAUAUUGCUUCUACAAGAAUAUCGUCCUUUAUAUCAUUGAGAUAUGGUUUGCCUUUGUUAAUGGAUUUUCUGGACAAAUACUGUUUGAAAGGUGGUGCAUAGGACUUUACAAUGUGAUGUUUACAGCUAUGCCCCCACUGACACUAGGAAUAUUUGAAAGAUCCUGCCAUAAAGAAAAUAUGCUUAAGUAUCCUGAAUUAUACAAGACUUCUCAGAAUGCCCUGGAUUUCAAUUCAAAGGUUUUCUGGGUUCAUUGUUUAAAUGGCCUUUUCCACUCAGUAAUUCUCUUUUGGUUUCCACUAAAAGCUGUCCAGUCUGAUACUAUAUUUGCAAGUGGCAGAACCUCAGACUAUUUGCUUUUGGGAAACAUAGUGUAUACAUUUGUGGUAAUAACUGUAUGUUUAAAAGCUGGAUUAGAGACUUCAUAUUGGACUGUGUUUAGCCAUGUAGCCAUAUGGGGAAGCAUUGCACUAUGGAUAGUAUUUUUUGGAAUCUACUCUUCUUUAUGGCCUCUUCUUCCUAUUGCUCCUGACAUGUCUGGGGAGGCAACAAUGCUAUUCAGCUCUGGUGUCUUUUGGAUGGGCUUAUUAAGUAUUCCAAUGACAGCUUUGCUCUUUGAUGUUGCAUAUAAAGCAAUCAAGAGAACAGCAUUUAAGACACUUGUUGAUGAAGUUCAGGAGUUAGAAGCAAAAUCUCAAGAUCCAGGAGAUAUUGUUCAAGGGAAAAGCUUAACUGAAACAGCUCAGUUGCUUAAAAAUGUCUUCAAGAAAAACCAAGUUAACCUAUACCGCUCUGAGUCUUUGCAACAAAACUUGCUUCAUGGCUAUGCUUUCUCUCAAGACGAAAAUGGAAUUGUAUCACAGUCUGAGGUAAUAAGAGCCUAUGAUACCACAAAGCAAAGAUCUGAGGAAUGGUGAAAGAGAACAGUGUCAUAGAACUCUAAUAUUUGCCACAGUGAGGCAACCAAGGAUCUUUACUGGACUUGGUAACAAGGUCCAGUGACAGAGAUUAGAGGAAGAAUGCUGCUGCUCUUAUUCCCUGAAGUUUGGAUUCACAUGUUGAGUAAAUGUAAGCACUGUGCAAUUAUACUGUAAUAACACCAUCUGAAUUCUGCAACAAAUGUUUCUUGGAUUUUGUAAGCAAAAAUUUCCCUCACUCUUUCCAGACUGCUUAUUUACAGUGAAGCCUAAUAAGUAAUGUUAAUAUGUAAUAUAUAUAUAUACACACACACGGGACAUAAAGAGUCAGAUUAUCCAGCAUAGCACAUAUUUACAAGUGUAGCCUUUGCAAAGGUUUAUGAAUGAUGAGGUAUCUAAAAUGCCAUGUAAUGAGCCUUUGAUUUCAAAAAGUGCUAAAAUAACCAUUUUUAAAUGACUUGUGUGAUGAAGUGUGACAUAAAAGCAAGGUGUUUAGAAGGAAUCGUGUCAAACUUGCCUAAAAGGUUUGCCAAAGAAGUUCCAUAAAACGUAUUUCUCACCUUAAUAAUCAUUCAUGGAGAAAAUUUAACGGAUGGCGAUGUCAAGUGUGAUGUGGAAUUGCAUGCUUGAAGCUCUGUACUUGAAAAGUUUUACAGUAACCUGAACCUUGAUACAGGUUGCUUUUUGUUGCAUUUGUGUUCAGAUCUAUGAUCACUUGCACCUUUGGCCUUACAAAAGCCUUUCUUUUAUUUCCCCCCUCCCCCAAUUGUUUAACAGAAAUGUGUAUAUUUAAUACAUCAGUCAUUCUCUCUGUAAGGGACAUGUGUCUUUGAGAUUUGUUUGAAUUAUGUACAAAUACUGGUCAGUAUUAUAGCCCUCCUUUAUGUGUAAAGAAGCAUUCCUUGUGCAGAGAGGAGGGUGUGGACAAAAACAUCCUCAUAAUACCGUAUCUAGGUACAUUAUUGGCACAUAUUUCUGCUGGUACCGCUUGUCUGCUGGAGGAACCAGGGCAGAGGAUGGAGUGGUUUUGAUUUAGUUCUCCUUUGUACCAACUGGUUAUCAGCUCUGUUAAAACUGACCCAAGGGUGCAUGCGUUCCAUGUUUUUUUCCCUAUAUACACAACACUUUUGUGUUUUUAGGACUGAAACCAGAAUGCAGUACCAUGCAUAAAAUCUUGUUUCCCUGCACGGAAAGGGAUCAGAGCCUGGUUUUUUAUGCUUGUUUUUAUUUUAAAUUAUCAGGACACUGUAUGCACAGCUUGUUUAAAACACGGUAAUAAUCUGUAGCUUGUCUAAAAAAAUCCAGAAAUAGAUGUCAUUAGGUCAGUACCAUGCCUGUAUGUCCUCUUUGCUUUUUAAAACAAUUAUUUAUUAUUUCUGUCAAAUAUAUUGUGUACAGCCAACCAUAAGUUUUUGAAUUAGGCUAUGUUGAAGUUUGAAAAAUGAAGUAAUGAAGAGCUCUUCUGUGUUUCCCUUUGCUGUAAAUCUUCUGAUAUAUUCUGCUAAUAAAACAAGGAAAAUAAACCAACAAUCAGAUAGUGUAGGACUUCCUGCCUCACAACCAGAAUUCUUUUUAAAUUAAAAUAUUUUUAGAUAUGUUGAUGUGUAAAAGUUGGUUGGGAGAGGCAGAAGUAAUUUGAACUCUGCUGUUAGUUUUGACUCAUUAUCCUCAAGUCCAUCUUUAAAAUAUAUUCCAUAUAAGAGGUUUCACCUUUAGCUACAUACACUGUACAUCUCAUCUACCUGUGAAAAGACAUGCAUAUGUACUCUGGCAAACACAGUAUUUCAGAGUGACGGCUCCCAUAUGAAGUUCAAAUUGUAAAGUCAUACAUUGCAGGAAAUUGGUGACUGUGAAAUGCCAUGGAACAUUUCAUGUUAUUGUGAUAAUACCUAUUGCAGAAAGAAAAACUGUCUCACAAAAAAACCCCAGCCUUGCUGGGCAGUUUUUCUGCUUAAAAUUGCCAUCUAGAAAGCUUCAGAAACAGGUAAUGAAUGAACUGACAAGGAGGGCCAAAUCACUUGACCUUAAAGGAAGAAAAAAAAAAUCAGGGCAUGCCCUUUCUGAAACUUGGGCACUUAUUUUAUGUCCUCUAUGGGACACAUCAACAUUAACAGAUUUCCCUAGUGAACAAUUAAAAAUGAUAAUCGUCUACCAUACUUCUAGUACAUUUCCAAGCCAUGCAUAUUUCUCUUUUGAAUAAAUGAAUAAAGUCAGUAGAGAGAGAGAUUGUAAUUUAGGGAAAACUCUGUGCUCUUUCACAUAUCCCAUUCUUUCUUCCCAGCCCUGAUGCAGCCUCUUGUGGCCUCUGACAGAAUUGAUCUUCUGGAAGGGGGGGAAGGGGGUAUCCUUGAUUCGGUUCCCACACCCCAGACAAAUGGUCUGAUUCAACAGUGGUGCAGAAGCACCACAUGCACCCACACAAAUUGUGGGUGCAGGUGUGUACCCCUCCUUUCUUUCCCAGCAAUACAAAACAGUUUGCAUUCAAAUGGUGCAGAAAACCUGUUGGGGGGGGUUCACACAAACAAGCAUGGUUCCUUACCCUUGCCGGAUUAGAGUUAAAAAAAACAUAGAUACCGCAUUAAAUAGAGCACAGAAAAUCAAAGUUCUGUGACCAUCCACCUUUAGUAAGAUGACACACAACAUAUAUUCAUUAUGGCAUUCCCUUUGGUACUUGAAAUCGAUAGCUCUCAACACAUUUAAUUGAUCACUGGAUUUUGGAUGCUGUAAAGUAUCUUUGUAAAAUAAGGGUAACUUCAGUACAGCACAUUUGGUGCAGCAUGGCUUUCUUAUGCUUUGUUACGAAUCUGAAGGAGUGCCCCAGAGUUUCAACGUCACCCAUCUAUCUUUAAUUCUUAUCCAUUUGAUUUUAAUGUGCUUUCUCACACACUGGGUAUCAUUUUAUGCAAUAGCAGCCAAUAGCAGCUGCAUGCACUUGAUUAAAACAAUGUGAUCAUUGUGUAUAUGUACUGCCUUUAACACUUGACGAUGUUUGUAUUAAAAUCUGCUUAAAUGUUCUAAGUUCAGAAAGAACAGAUGCCCAAGUACACAAGAUUUAUUUCAAUAAAGGCCAGGCUGGACAGACAAUAAAAUACAUAUUGCCAGACAGAUAAAUUUCAUACUUAAAAGCAAUAUAAAUGAUACAGUAUUAUAAUAUGGAAAUAUAUUAUAAUAUAUAUAUAUAUUCCACUGACCACGGGGCAUAUAUUUUAAUAAAAAGAUUUUACACUUCUAAUAAUUAACUAUAUUGUACCAGUUCUGAAAUCUUAAAUUUCUCUUAAAUCCAGAAGGGAACUGCUAUGUAUCUUUAUGUGGACUGUGUAACUGUUUUAAGCUGUUAUUAAAUAGCUUCAGCAGUCUUCAGUUGACUGAAAAUAAUGCCAUUCAGAAGCCAAUGAAUUUACACAUGCCCAUGUUGUUUUUAACUGCUUGUGAGAAUAAGAGUACCUGACCUGUUUGAGAAGCCAUAAGUGGACUUGUUUUUCUUAGUGCUAGAUUUAUUUUUGCAAACCAAUUUUGACAAAUUUAUAACGAAGCAACUUUCUAGUUGUAUAAAUAGAAGAAAUAUUUAAAACAAAAGUUAACCGUGAAAUGUUCCUGUUGCAAAGUAUCGCAUGGAAUGCCAUCUUUUGUCAACGUUUAAUUAAUUUUCACUUACUAGAGAAAUGGACAAUAUAGUCAGCCCAUCCCUCUUUUCUCUGCUUAAUUAUGUAGUGUGCUAAAACAGCUGUAAGUUUUUAUCCGUCUGUCUGCAUGAGUUAAUCUGUCACAAUGUGAAUUUGGCCUGAUGCCUGCUUCUGCUAUAACUCUCAUUGUUUCUUUCCCCUCAGUUAGAAACAUGCAUCACGCCACACGUAUUUUGAUAAGCAAAAGUGAGUGUUGGGUAAACCGCUUCAUUUUACUACUAUUGAAUGUAAACUCAAAAUCACAUACAUAUUGAUUACUAUGAAUAGAAUUCCAGAAUGCGUGGAAUUUUGUGGAAGACUACAUGGGUUACCCAGUCGGCAAAAUGAUCCUAAAAAUUGGCAGAGCCCCGUGCAUUCUGUGGAUGGUUUCAACACACACUUUUGCAUUCGUUCAAUAUUUUGUAAUUACAAAACUGUGACCCAAAUGUGUAGAGGUAAAAUCAUGUUUGUUUGUUUUUUGCCUUGUUCUGCAAUCGAAGCCAUAAUGCACUAAUGUUGAUUUUCUGCUACAACUUGAUUUUCAUGUGUUUCGAUGUCCAGUCACUAAAUGCUGCCAUGGAAGGCAGGCACUGUGUGAAGGUAGGACUUUCCAGCUACACUGAACCAUUACUGCUGAAGUUACUGUGGAAAUUGUGAAGCUGCAUGGAGAGGUUUUGACUCAGUGUUUAUGGUAGUUUUCCUCAGGUUUAGUUCUAACUUGAUGUCAAAUGCACUGUUUUAUAACAAGUUAUUAAAUUUUCGUAAUAUAUUCAGUUCUAUGCAGUGUAACAUGUCAUUGGCAUUUUGUGAAUGUGCAUGUUUUAAACUGCAAAUUUUAACUGUUUGGUCUCUUGUUUAAAAAAAAAUAAAUCUUACAAUUAAGGAAAAUGCUAAAGUUGUAAGCAUUUCUCAAACAUAUACCCCAUCAUUCUAGUAUUGAAAUUCUGUGUUUCAGCCUUUCAUUAAUCUGAUGUCACUUUGCUAAUUUAAUGGCCUUCCAUAGGUUUUAUUAAAUGAUCAAACUUCUAACAGGGGAGGUAAGUUUUUCUAUUACUUUCAAGUGGAUUUUCAGCAUGAAAAAUUACACGUGCUGACUAAUUACAUUUAUAUAUUAUCUGCCAACACAUUUGAGGCAGUCUGCAAAGGAAAAUUUAGAAUAAUGGCUUGCAAACUAAGACACGAUUCAAAAAGGGACUUAGAAGGAACAAGAAAACAAGUAAGUUCAGACACAAGUCCUUCAUUGAAAACCUGAAAGGAUCUUUGGUCCCCGCAUGAGAAGAUGGAAGGGGAAGGAAUAGCAUUCUAUCUAACAAAAAUAACACUACUUAGAAAAGGCAGCUAUUGAGGAGAGACUGACAGGAUGAAUACUUUGUAUAAGUGUAACAAAGGCAGUGUUAAAAGCAGUUUGAAACCCAACGAUAAUAUCCCAUGGAUGAGCAACUAUUUGCCUAAAUACCAAGACCCGCAAAAAGACCUGCCACAAAUCUGUAUGUAAUCGGGUAACAUGAAGUCAAAAUCAAAACUGAUCCGCAACUAGAAAUGGUUUUAUUUGCAUUCAGAAGAAUUAUCUUCUAGAAUUCCAGCACAUAUGAAUGAUAUAAUUUAACAACAUGUAUACAGUUGGCUGGCUGCCUACAAGAAAUUAUCAUUUUGCUGAAUUUAAUCAUUUCUUAGAAGUGCCAACUUUUUAUUCUUGAAAAUUUUGGAUUCAGCUGUCAUUAAAUAAUUACUGUGUAUAGUCAGAUUCCAAAGAAUAAACAUGUCAUGUAUACUUCUCCAACAGCACCAUAUCUCUGACAAAACUACUGCACAAUCAGCGAGUAAAAUUCUGACAGCACCUUUCUUCCCCUGUAUGUUGUACUUUUUU